AUGACACCCAAUCCGUUGUCGCUGCCGUGCCUGGAAAAGGCACCAGACACCUACGACGACGAGUACGAGCAUCCGCAAGGUCCAGAAAGCAUCAGCAAAACGUUGGAAAUAAUCCGUGAAGAUCGUUCGACGGUGGAACAAAACCUGGCUCAGCUGCGUGAUUGGAUUGCAAAACAUCCACACAUCCGGCAGUGUCGUACAGAUGCCCGGUUUCUGUUGCGGUUCUUGCGUGCCAAGAAGCACUCCUUCCUGGCGGCAUCGCAGGUACUGGAGCGUUAUUUAGCCGCCCGCAUACUCCAUCCGAGCUGGUUCCAACGCUUGGACAUCCGUGACCCAGAGCUAGCGGAUCUCACCGAUAUCGGGUUCCUGUACGCAUUGAAGGAACGCGAUCCUGACGGGUGUCUGGUGACGUUGUGCGAUUGGGGACUGCUUGAUCCGAAGCGUUACACCGUCGAUCACAGUAAUCGUAUGCAUGCACUGUUGGUUGAGGCGUACAGUGACGAGGCACUGUUCCAGUGUGCGGGGUUAAUAGUCAUCUUCGACCUGCAGCAUAUACAGCUGGCACAUCACAGUAUAGUGUCGUUGAGCGUGUUGCGACAGGUAGCGCACUACGUCAACAACGCCGUUCCGAUACGGUGUAGGGCGAUCCAUGCCGUGAACGUGCCGUCCGGGGCACUGUGGAUCGUAAACGGAUUGCUGGGCUUCCUCAACGAAAAGAUUCGCAAGCGUUGCACUUUGUUUCGCGAUUACGACGAGCUAGCGGAGAAGUUUGAUCGAAGCUUGCUGCCGAAGGAACACGGUGGCAAGGAACCAAAAAGCGAGCAUAUUCGUGCGUUCCGGGACCAGUGUGAGCGUUAUCGUGAACGAAUGCUGCUCCUGGACGAGAUGGAUAUCGACCUUGAUCAUAAUGAACCAUACUCACGGCACGCUCUGUUGGAUGACAUCGAGGGAGGAGCAGUCGGCAGUUUCCGUAAGCUGGAACUCGACUAAAUU